AUGGCAUCCUCUUCAUUUCUCCGAUGGGCUUUAGGCAUUUUUGCCUUAGCCCAGCUGGCUGCUGCCGGCCCUUGCGACAUCUACGCGGAGGGAGACACGCCAUGUGUUGCGGCGCACAGCACGACUCGUGCUUUAUUCGAUGCCUAUCUUGGUCCUUUAUAUCAAGUCUCGCGUGCUUCUGACAGCACUACGCUAGAUAUUACGCCUGUUUUACUCGGCUCUGUUGCAGACUCUGGUGCCCAAGACCUUUUCUGUAAGGGCACCACCUGCAGCAUUACAAUUAUAUACGACCAGACGGGCAAUGGCAACCAUCUGACUCAAGCCCCGGCUGGUGGCGCUGCGGGCGGUCCUGAUAAACUGGCCGAUGCAGCUGCCGCGCCUGUCACGCUUAAUGGAAAGAAGGUGUACGGUGUAUUAUCGACCCCAGGCACCGGCUACCGUAACGACGAGACGGUGGGCGUAGCCACCGGCGAUGCCGCCGAGGGCAUGUAUGCGGUGCUUGAUGGCACCAACUACAAUAACAGAUGCUGCUUCGACUAUGGUAACGCUGAGACCAACAAUGACGAUAAUGGUGCCGGCCAUAUGGAAGCUAUCUACUUUGGUAGCAAUGCUGACUAUGGCACGGGUGCUGGAAGCGGUCCGUGGAUCAUGGCUGAUCUUGAGAACGGUCUGUCUGCGGGCCCCGAUUUCGAUAACAACCCUAACAGCCCCUCCAUCACCGCGCGCUUUGUCACAGCGAUUGUCAAGGGAGAACCGAAGCAGUGGGCAAUCCGUGGUGGCGAUGCCACCACAGGUGGUUUGUCAACAUACUACAGCGGGGCUCACCCUACUGAGGAUGGCUAUAGCCCCGAAAGCAAAGAGGGCGCCAUUAUCUUGGGUAUUGGUGGGGACAACAGCAAUGGUGCUCAGGGAACUUUCUAUGAAGGUGUGAUGACUUCGGGUUAUCCUUCUGAUGAUACCGAGAAUGCUGUGCAGGCUAAUAUUGUGGCUGCCAAAUAUGCUGCUUGA